CCCCUCCCCUCGACUCGACCACGGAAGUGACGGAACAAGCGAGCUGAGCAGCCCCCACACGCCCGGCAUCGCCAUGUCCUGCUGCUGCAGCAGCCUCAAGUGCUGCUGCAAGUUCCUCGGCGGCUUGCUCGGCGCCCUCUUUCCAAUCGGUGUAAUCAUCCUAAUCUAUUGGGUCAUAUUCCAGCCCCACCAAAUCCGCGCUACCGUCGGCUCCGCCACGCUCACCGGCCUCACCGUCACCAACGCCUCUGUCGUAUCCUACCGCCUCGCCGUCACCCUCGACAUAUACAACCCCAGCCUCCGCGUCGGCAUUUACCAUGACACGCUGGACGCCGAGCUCAGCUACCGCGGCGCAUCGCUCGGCGGCCCCGCCGUUGGCGCUUCCACGGCGUCCCCGGCCGAGUUCUACCAGCGCAGGAAGAGCUGGAAGACGGUGAAGGUGGAGUUUGACGGGAGCAGUGGCGGCAUCCUCCCCGGCGACGUUGCUGGGGAGCUGGAGAAGGAGAUGGGUCGGGGGGUGGUGAGCUUGGAGGUCGCCGUGGACGCGCGGGUGAGGUACAGGUUCAACAGGAUAAAGAUUCGCCAGAAGCCCAAUUUGUGGUGCUCGCUCAGGAUCCCGGUUAAGGCGGAUCGGGGCCGCGGCGUCGGCGGUGCUCUUACCUCCGGCGACCCCUGUAGCGUCAAGUAUUGAUCAAAUCAGCGAAGUUUGACUUCCGUAUUUCCUCCGGUUUGCAUCUUGUUCAUGUUUGAUUUGGAUAUUAGCGUGUAAGUUUCAUUGGUUUGUGUUUUGUGUAAAGAUUCACAUUAUUUGGGAUCGUGAUCGUCCCUGCAAUAUCAAAGAUAUCGAAAGUUCGUUGCGCUCUUAAA